AUGGCGCACCUUGUCAGGCUCAUCGCUGACGGUUACCGGGAUCUUAUGGAUAACAAAAGUGAUCCCAGGGUGAACAAUUGGGCCAUGAUGAGCAGCCCAUUUCCAACCUUAGCUAUAUGUCUCUCGUACGCAUAUUUCGUCAAGGUCUUGGGUCCUAAGAUGAUGGAAAAUCGAAAACCAUUAGACCUGAGACGAGUAAUGAUCGUAUAUAACCUAUUUCAAGUUAUAUUCUCCACGUGGCUAUUUUAUGAGAGUUUAGCGUCCGGGUGGUGGGGACAUUACUCGUUCAGAUGUCAACCGGUUGACUACUCAAACAAUCCUCUAGCAAUGAGGAUGGCCAGAGGAUGCUGGUGGUACUAUAUAUCAAAAUUCACAGAAUUUCUCGACACUAUUUUCUUCGUUUUGAGAAAGAAGAACGAUCAUAUUUCGACGCUUCACGUUAUCCAUCAUGGAUGUAUGCCCAUGUCCGUUUGGUUUGGCGUCAAAUUUACCCCUGGUGGCCACAGCUCAUUCUUUGGCUUGCUGAAUACUUUCGUACAUAUUAUUAUGUAUUCGUAUUAUUUGUUGGCUGCCUUGGGACCAAAGAUCCAACCUUAUCUCUGGUGGAAGAAAUAUCUGACUGCACUGCAGAUGGUCCAGUUUGUCCUUGUGAUAAUUCACGCGUUUCAACUUCUCUUCAUCGACUGCAACUACCCUAAGGCUUUCAUCUGGUGGAUCGGAAUGCAUGCUGUCAUGUUCUAUUUCCUCUUCAGGAACUUCUACCGGGAGGCGUACAACAAGAAGCAGCUGAAGAUUGCCAAUGCGAAGAAGCGUCAUGAGGAAUACUCUCAGAAUGGAAUUGUGAAUGGGGUUAAUGCAGACGAGAAGAAAAAUACUGUCAUAUACGCAAAUCAGUAUAAAAUGGGCACUGGAUACAUAUCUGAUAACGGACUGAGAAACAGGGUCUUCAUUGAUAACAGAAGCUUUAAGCAAUGAUGUAUCAUUAACGUACAUUUAGGAUUCAUCAUUAGUUCAAAUUGCUGCCAGUAAUUUUUUGUGGGCAAUAUCAUGUCAAGACUCGAGCGAAUAUUUCGCCACGUAAUAUAUUUUAUAUUCUUUUAUAUUUUGGAAUUACUUAUGACGUACCGGAAGUAAGAAAUUUUUCAUAACUAGCAUCGUCAUGAUAUCCACCAAGCAAUGACUUAGAAUAUGGUCAAAAUCAAGUCACGCAGGUUAUCUGAUAAAUUGAGAUAACUGAUCAUUAUCCAAGGAUAUUCAAUCUGCCAACUCUCGCUGGACGAGGAACAAUCUCUCGAUCGUCGUAGGAGAGAAUCAGUCAGGGAUUGACUAAAUUCCUUUUUAUUAAUGGAGUGUGAUAAAAAGAAAAGAACAAAAUCGAAGCAAUACUGUCUUACGACUACGUGAGUUUUUGUUUUUUCAAUUGCAAAGGUUCAGCGAUGCUAGUCAUCCGUAUUUUACAGGAUGAUAAGACGCGGAAACGGCUUUAGCAACAAUAACACUUAAACGUUUUAAUGUAUUGCAGACUAUUCUCAAUAAGUAGAAUAAACACAAAGUGCAAUUGUUAAUUGAUAGAUCUUUAAGUUUGAAAAUGCGAAAAUUAAUUGAUUAGACGCGCAUGGAGGACAACAAUGAAAGUACAAAGGGGCAAGGAUAAAAGAAUUGAAAGACAGAGCCUAUUGGAAAAAAAAAAUUGUUAUUGAAAUAAACGAUAGGAAGAAUUCAUACUUGUUCAAGUGUAUACGGAUAAAAUGGAUAAGAAUCAAGAAGGUCUUUAUUUAGUUCUCUAAUUUCGCGAAUAAAGCUCACUUAUCCAUUUAAUACGUAAUAACGAAUAUGUGUUAUUUUGUCAUAAAAACAAAUAAAUGACAAUAUGACAUGCAUUUAGCUUGUAAGUCUUGUCUCAAGUAUAAUUUAAGAAACAAUUGCAAUGCCUAGACUAGUUGUAAGUACUUUUCUAUAUAACGUAGGAGAGCAUAAUCCAGUGUUUCAGUUAUAUUUAUAUUUAUGUAAAUAAAACACGACUCUUUAUUGUAACUUUACAAAUCGAUCAACUUCUCAGUGCUCCUGUACUGAGAGCACACUCGAUACAAACAAACGAUAAUGGUGUCAACAAUAGCCGAUAGAUGAAAAACAUCUCUCGAAAGUCAAUCUGCGGAAAAUAAUAUAAAUAAAAUCCGACAGAUGAUUAACACUUCACGCUAA